UAGCCCCGGCGUUAUAACGCUUCAUAGAUCGUCUUGUUUCAGGGGAAAUGCGGGCGUAAGGGCAUGUGCAGCGCUGGAAUCCCUGUAAAUCACUACGAGCUGGAUGAAGAACCUGAUGGCGGAGUUGACAAUGCCUACGAUACUGUGAACAACCCUGGAGCAUCCGGAAGUAAGAGCAAACCCCCUGCAAAUACUACUCCCGAUGUAUAUGCCGCUGUGGACAAGAAAAACAGGGACGGAAAACCGGUACGUGAACGUUUUACCUUUAACCUGUGUUAUAUUAGUGAGUUUAGCGAAUACAACGGCAGCAUCAAUGAAGACGUGAUCAACAACGAAUAUUUGCUCUAAAGCGUUGAUGGCCGUAACGGUCGUAUAUGGCCGUAACGGUCGUAAAGAUUGGGUCACGAUCUUUCUCAUCAGCCGAAUACAAUAUUUUAGAUUAUAACUAGAGACGAACUGCCGAACCUUUUACGGUGUAGAAGCGUACAGGAAUUGUUUUCGGCUAUAUAUUCCUAAUUGCUUGCAUGAACUUUCUCAAAUUACACUCUGCGUGAAUUUUUUUGGAAUCUGCCCCCCCCCCCCUCGACCUACCCCUCCAGAUACCUUAUGGUCCACCAAUUUAGCCUUAGUUCACGACCCCAUUAGCGUCCGCCCGCUUUGGUCUGACGAUCUCUUUUAAAAUGGCAGAUUGGCAGUAUACCUAGUGUAUAUGCAUGAACUUGUGGUUAGAGCUUGACAACUGGACUCUGUAGCUCAGUUGGUUAGGGCGCUGCAUCGGAAUCGCAGGGCGGCAGGUUCGAUUCCUGUCAAGGAUCUACAGGUGCACCCCCCGCAGCUGUUCCUGGUUAGGUCUAAUAAGUGUAUUUCAAAAACUCGCCAAUAAUUCAUGAGGAAAACACAAAGAAAAAUCAUAAGCGUGUCGUAUCUUGAUAUGUGAUUUAUAUAAACUUUAACUUUGAUUUUCUCGAUUUACACAACGAACUUUUGAAAAUUACUUCGCCAGUUAACUUACUAGAUCGAUCGUUUUUGAAGCAGUUUAAAACGUUCGCAAUGCGUGUUUUAUCAGACCUAAACAUACUCGGCUUCGGCUCGUAUCUUUAUAUCUGAUAAAACACUGCUGCUCAUGUUUUAACUAGUACGUAAAGUUCACACUCGAUAAUUUCCAUCAACGGUCGCUUUUAAAUUAAACCCUCUAUAGAAAAGAGUUAUUCUUAGUUCUCAAAAGUGGUUUAUUCUUUUGCAGUUAUAUGCAACGCUUGACUCACUCGCGCUACAAUCAGACAAUUCGAAAAAGAAACGAGAUGAAGAACGCCCUGGACAAACUGAGCAUGCGAGUAUCGACUUCGGCAAGAUUGGGAAGGCUGACGAAGAGUGAACCAUACGGAGUGAACUCAACUGUAGAUGGCGAGUAGUAAAAGUGUUUCGGAUUGAAAGUAUAAUUACGCUUUGCAUAACAUUUAGCAUAACACAAGUAGAAAAUAAUUUGCAUAAGUUUAGGAUAAAAAAUAAUGGCACUUCGUAUAAAUAUUAUACAGCGGCGGCCAUGCAACCGCCUUCUGUACUGUAUAAAUCGAAUAUGCAGGGUUCGUAGGCGUAGCGGUCUUUGAAAUCCUCGAAAGUCUUUCAAUUUGAAUGUAGGUCUUUGAAAGAUCUAUGAAUUGUAUGAAAAAGUAAAAAAAGUUUUUUAGUGAGUAGCACAAGAG